UCAUUAUCCCAGUUGCUGGGAGAUUUGGGCAAGGAGAGACCCAUGAAAUACCUAAGACAAAAGUUACUAGGAUAGCCAGGGGCUUGUCUUCCGGGUGGCGCUGAGGCCAGGAAACUGUCCUCUCUAACCUCCUUCCCCAGAGGAGUCUAAAUUGGCCCUUCCACUACCAGCAAGGACAAAAGAGAGGCUGGAGCCCCCAGGGGCAGCCGGAGCGCUGAUGCUGCAAAGGGCCUCUGUCCUUCCCGGAGAAGCCCAGUCUUGCUCCGCUGUCUUCUUCAGCAACAAACAAAAGUCAAGAAAGAGAAAUAGUUGUGGAUGAACCUGUUGUUGGGACGAUAAUUUACUGAGCACCUACUACGUGCCAGGCACGCCAACCUUACCAGACAAGAUCCUUGGGCUCAUGGAAUUCACUUUCUCGUGGGAGAGAUAAACAAUAAUCACGUAGAAACAUUAUCAGCUGGUGACCAUGCGGCUGGUGCCCCGAGAGGGAGCCCCCCUGCUUAAGCCCUCCAGGAGGGCGAUGGAGGAGCCAACCUCAUGGAUGCCAAGAUAUGGACGCAGAGAGGGAAGCCCUGCAGAGCACCGCCUACCUGGAAGUGCAGACCUUCUGCCAGAAGCAUGGCUUGAUGUUUGAGGUCGUUGAUCUGAGGUGGGGUAUUCGGGACACUGAAGCCACUGACCACUUGACCACAGAACUCUGCUUGGAGGAGGUCGACCGCUGUUGCAAAGAAUCCAUAGGGCCAGCUUUUGUUGCCCUCAUCGGUGAUCAGUACGGCCCCUGUCUGGUUCCCUCGCAGAUUGACGAGAAGGAGUGGGAAGUAUUGAGGGCCCGGCUGACUGCCAGGCCGAGUGACCUGGAGCUGGUGGCAAGGCACUUCCGGAGGGACGAGAAUGCGGUUCCUCCCGCCUACGUCCUGCAGGCACCAGGCACUGGGGAGGCCUGCGAGCCAGAGGAGGCCACCCUAUCCUCUGUCCUAUGCUCUGGAGCCCAGGAGGCCCGGAGGCUGGGCCUCAUCACCCAGCGGCAGUGGCAUCGCUACCACCGGUCAGCCAUUGAGUGGGAGAUAGAGCGGGGCCUGCUGAGCUCAGAGGACCGGGACCAGCGAGCCACUGUCUUCCUUCGAGAGAUCCAAGACCUCCACAAACACAUUCUGGAGGACUGCGCCCUCAGGAUGGUGGACCGGCUCGCGGAUGGCUGCCUGGACACGGAUGCCCAGAGCCUUCUCAGCAACCUCAAAGCUCACAUCACUGACGUGCACCCCGGGGUCCUCAAGGCGCACCGCCUGCCAUGGAGCCGGGAUCUGGUGAACCCCAAGAACCAGACUCACGCCCGCUACCUGAAGGAGCUGGGUGAACAGUUUGUGGCAAGGGCCAAUCACCAGAUCCUCGAACACCUCCGUGAGCUGGAUAUGGCCAGGCAGGAGAUGGCAUGGCUCUACCAAGAAAUCCGCCACCACCUUUGGCAGAGCUCGGAGGUCACCCAGACUUUCUGCGGACGCCAGAAACUCCUAGCCCGGCUCGGACAGCAGCUCAGGCAGGAUGACAGCAAGCCACACACCCCCCUGGUGCUCUUUGGAGUCCCAGGCAUUGGAAAGACGGCCCUGAUGUGCAAGCUGGCCGAGCAGAUGCCAAGGCUGCUCGGGCACAAGACAGUGACUGUCCUACGGCUUCUGGGGACGUCUCAGAUGAGCUCAGAUGCCCGCGGCCUGCUGAAGAGCAUCUGCUUCCAGGUGUGCCUGGCCUAUGGGCUGCCCCUGCCCCCUGCCCAGGUCCUGGAUGCCCACACCAGAGUGGUCCAGUUUUUCCACGUCCUCCUCCACACCAUCUCUUGCAGAAACUUUGAGUCUCUCGUGCUCCUGCUGGAUGCUAUGGAUGACCUGGACUCUGUCCGCCAUGCUCGGAGGGUGCCCUGGCUGCCUCUCAACUGCCCCCCGAGGGUGCACCUCAUCCUUUCAGCUUGCUCAGGGGCAUGGGGCGUUUUAGAUACUUUACAGCGGGUGCUCCCCGACCCGGAGGCCUACUGGGAGGUGAAGCCCCUCUCCGGAAACCAAGGCCAGGAGAUGAUCCAACUCCUGCUGGCGGUAGCAAAGAGGACACUGAGCCCUGUGCACACAGAUUUGCUCUGGGCCAGCCUCCCGGAGUGUGGGAACCCGGGGCGGCUGAGGCUGGCCUUUGAGGAGGCCCGGAAAUGGGCCUCCUUUACUAUGCCUGCCCCUCUGGCCAGCACCUCAGAGGAAGCCACACACCAGCUCUGCGCCCGCCUGGAGCAGACACACGGGCGGCUCCUCGUGGCCCACGUGCUGGGCUACAUCGUCUCCUCCCGGCACGGUCUCUCGGAGGCAGAGCUGAAGGAUGUCCUGUCCUUGGAUGACGAGGUCCUGCAGGCUGUGUACCGGGACUGGACCCCGCCCAGCAAGGAACUGCUGCGAUUCCCACCCCUGCUGUGGGUGCGGCUUCGUCGGGAUCUGGGAUACUGCUUGGCUCGGCGGCCCGUGGAUGGCUCCACCCUCCUGGCCAUUGCCCACAGACAGCUGGUCCAGGUUGUCCGUGAGCGCUACCUGUCGGGGUCUGAGAGAGCCGAGAGGCACGGAGUCCUGGCCGACUUCUUCUUAGGGACCUGGAGCCAGGGUACCAAGAAGCUCAUCACUCUGCCACUUGUGGGGAAACCCCUCAACUUGGACCGAAAGGUGGCCCCUCAGCCUCUGUGGUUCUCAGACACAGUUGCAAACCUGCGGAAGCUGAAGGAGUUGCCCUAUCACCUACUUCACUCGGGCCGCCUGGAGGAGCUGAAACAGGAGGUCCUGGGCAGCAUGAGCUGGAUUUCCUGCCGGGGAAUCUCUGGGAGCAUCGAAGACCUGCUGGACGACUUUGACCUCUGUGCCCCUCACCUGGACUCUCCUGAGGUCGGCCUGGUCCGUGAAGCCCUCCAGCUCUGCCGCCCUGCUGUGGAGCUCCGAGGCAUGGAGAGGAGCCUCCUGUACACAGAACUGCUGGCCAGACUCCAUUUCUUCGCCACCUCACAUCCCGCACUGGUGGGACAGCUAUGCCAACAGGCCCAGAGCUGGUUCCGGCUGUGUCCACACCCUGUGCUGGUGCCCCUCGGAGGAUUCCUCCAGCCCCCGGGAGGACCCCUCCGGGCAACCCUCAGCGGUUGUCACAAAGGCAUCACUGCCAUGGCGUGGGGUGCAGAGGAGAAGCUGCUGGUGAUUGGCACCCAGGAUGGCAUCGUGGCUGUGUGGGACAUGGAAGAGCAGCAUGUGAUCCACAUGCUAACUGGACACACAGGAGAGGUGAGGUGCUUGAAAGUAUUUGCCAAAGGGACCCUUGCCAUCUCUGCUUCGAAGGAUCACACACUGCGCUUGUGGAACUUACUCUCUGGCCAGGAGAAAUUUACCAUUUGGGAUGGAAGCUCAAAAAAUCUCACGGGACCUCAGAUCUGGAGCCUUCAUGUGGAUGAAGCACACAAAGUUGUGUAUUCGGCAUCUGGCUCAAAGAUCAAUGCUUGGAGUCUGGAUACUGCAGAGCUGGUUUUCCGUAUCCUGGGAGAUGCCUCUGAUCCUUGGAUGUGCAUGGCCGUGCUGGACUCCCAGUCCACGCUGCUGACAGUGUCCAGGGAUGGUGUGGUCAGUCUGUGGAACUCAGCCACGGGAAAACUUCAGGGGAAGCAACACGUGUCCAGCAUCAAAGAAACACCCGCCUGUGCUGUCUCAGUCCAGAAGCAAGGGAAGCUUGUGACCGGGUUUAGCAAUGGCUCCAUCUCUUUGGUUUCCUCCGAAGGGGACAGAUUGCUGGAGAAGCUUCCAGAUGCUGUGAGGUUCCUGGUGGUGUCUGAAGAUGAGUCUCUCCUCGCCGCAGGCUUCGGAAGGUUGGUGCGGAUCUUCUUGGCAGACUCUCGGGGCUUUCACCGAUUCAUGGCCGCGGAUCUGGAACACGAGGACAUGGUGGAGACAGCUGUUUUUGGUACUGAGAACAACCUGAUCAUCACGGGGUCCCUUGAUGCUCUGGUUCAGGUGUGGAGUCUGUCAGAACAGGGGACCCUGCUGGACAUCCUGGAAGGUGUUGGGGCCCCUGUGAGCCUGCUGGCCUGCUGUGGGGCUUUGGUGGCAUCUGCUUCCUGGCAGUCCUCGUCUUUCAAGGUCUGGGAUCUCAGCAACGCUCACAGGCCCCGGGCCCCUGCGCCGUUUCUGGACCGCACCGGCCUCACCGCAGUGUCCCACCAUGGAAGCUACGUCUACUUCCCCAAAAUUGGGGACAAAACCAAAGUCACUGUUUGGGACUUGGCAGAAGGUGAGGAACAAGAUUCCCUGGACACCUCCAGUGAGGUCAGGUGUCUGGAGGUCGCUGAGCAGCACAAGCUCCUGUUCACUGGCCUCAUGUCGGGGGUUGUCCUUGUGUUCCCCCUGAAUUCCAGGCAGGACGUGAUAUGCAUUCCCCCUCCCGAGGCCCGGAAAGCAAUCAGCUGCAUGUCCCUGAGCAAGCACGAGGACCGCCUGGCCAUCGCCUAUGACAACAUCGUCCUGGUGCUGAACAUCAGCCCCGGGGACCCCUGCCCGCUCAUCGAUGGCCCAAGGUAUACCUUUUAUACCCAGCCGCCCGAGACCAUCUCCAAUGUGGCUGUUCUGACGGACUACCACGUGAUCUACAGCAUGACCAACGGGGACCUCUUUCUUUACGAGUGUGCAAAUUCCAAAGCGUUUCCCUUGGAGGCCCACAGGAGCCGAGUCACGUGUGUGGAGGUCAGCCACAAGGAGCAGCUGCUGGCCAGUGGGUCUGAGGAUGCCCUGCUGUGUCUCUGGGACCUACAGGCAUGUAAGCGGAAAUUCGAGAUGAACUACACGAGUUCUUACUGCAGAGGGGUCCAAUGUGCUUGCUUCUCUAAGGAUGACAAGUACGUAUACGUGGGCUUAAAGGAUCGCUCCAUACUUGUCUGGAGUGUGCUGGACGGCACCCUACUGACAGUCCAGUUUGUCCAUGCUGUGGUAAACAGAAUCAUCCCAACCAUCAGUGGCUUCAUUGCCCCCACCAGGCAUGGUUAUCUGAUCCGAGAGCGUUUCCAGUGCCUUUUAGCAAGAGCAUCACAGCAGGACCCUCACAAGAACUUCAAGAAGGCAGUGUGGAUGGUCAAAUCCAGGCAGAGAGAGGCGCUAGCAGCAGCUGCAGGAGCAUCCCAGGACUUGGAGUCAGAGAGUGCCCAAGGAAAUGAAUCCAAGUCAAACAAAUGUUCACAAGUCUGCCUGAUAGUGUAAAAAAAAAAAAAAACAAAAAAAACCCUGUGGGGGUAUAACCUCCAAUGACUUAACCCCAUUUAAUCUGGUUAAAGCAAAAAGAAUAUGUUUGCUGGCGUAUAUUUGGACCCAUGGCUUCAGAUUACAUGACCCGGACCUUGCCUCUUCCCAUUUUUUCCAUUCUUCUUUUCUCUUUGUCAUUUUCUUUCUUUCUUUUUGUUUGGCAGGAGCAGAAGCCUCAAUCUUUGUCAUUUUCGUUCUCAGACUUGCCACCCCAAGUUAGCAACAUGGUGGCCAAUAUGCUGUCUCCAAUUUCAGCAGAAAAGAGAGCUUCUCUUCCUACAGUCCCAGCCUCCACUUUGUUGGUACCAGUUGGCCCAUAUGCCUAGCCCUAAACCAACUGUUAUCUCUGGAAGAAUGCAGAGCUCUAAUUGGCUGGACUGACCCAAUGUCCACCACUGGGAGUGAAAAUAGAAGAGAUUAUUCCUGAGACCCAAACUAGGGUUCUGGUACCAGGUGAAGGGGGAAUGGAUGAAUGUGAGACAGAACAAACCACUGAUGUGGACCACAGAACUUCACAGUUUAUAAAGCAUUAGAUACUGUGAUCUGAUCCUCAUCACAGCCCAUAUUUUAGGGAAGGCAGGAGUAUCUGCGUCUAUUUUAUGGAUAAGGAAACUGAGCCUUGCAGAAGUAGUUAUGAUUUAAUUCAGGUCACAAGCCCAAGGUGCAAGGGAUCUAAGAGCAAGCCUUCUGUCCCAUUCCUGUUAGACCUUACUCCAAUUUCAGUCUCCAAAACACAACCAUCUCUUCCAUAGGUGCCACACUCAAAUGCUCACAGGAGCUAGUGACUAAUCUAGGUACUUCCAUACACCUGAGUGAGCAGCAGGGCGAGAUGGAGACUGGGCCUGUGGAAGGCAGAGAUUGUGCCUUGGGUGGGUGUGAACAGCCUGACUCUAGCCCAGAAUCGCCAUGGCAAAACCGGCCCUCUUCCAUCAGUGCUUUCAAUUGUAAUAAGCAAAGCCAGAAAUCCAGACUUUUAUGCAAAAAUCUUCUGCCUUUUAAAGUUGGCGAUUGGUUUAAUUUGUAUCUAUAGGGCAUUUGGCAAGUGCGUCUUUGGUUAAUGAGCUGACUUCAAGGCUCAAGCUGGCAGUAAACCAUCAACAUGCUAUAGUUCUUCCAUCUCUAUUCCCUGGCUCCCGAACUUUUGGGAUAAAGAUGUGGUUUUUUUCAUCUUAAAAA